AUGCAGCCGACGCCGGACAUUGCGCACGUCCAGCGCGGCGUGUACGCCGAUGCGGUGUACGAUCCGGCCGAGGACACGUUUGCGCUGAUGGAUGCAUUGGAGGAAGAUGCAAAAGAAAUAGCGAAUGCGACGCUCUGUGUAGAAAUCGGGAGCGGAAGUGGCUGCGUCUCGGCAUUUGUCGCACAGAUGGUGGGGACAUCGGCGGCCUACAUAUGCACAGACAUUAACCGGGUUGCGACAGAGUGCACGGUGGAGACGGCGGCACGAAACAAGGUGUCGCUCGAGCCGGUGCUGACGUCGACGCUCGACGCCCUUCUGCCGCGCACCAGCGGCCAGGUCGACCUUCUCCUGUUCAAUCCGCCGUACGUUGUGACGAGCGACGAGGAAGAGUCCGCAGCGCAGGCUCAUGCGGCACUGGGCGGCGCGUGGGCGGGUGGCACGUACGGCACGGCGCUGCUCCAGCGCAUCCUCGACCAGGGGCUCAUCGAGCAGUCUCUCGCGCCGGGCGGCCGCUUGUACCUGGUCGCAAUCAAGCAAAACGACCCGGACGGCGCGGCCUAG